AAUUCAAUAUGGACGUAUUCACAAACAUAUUUAAGUCCAUACACUGUACAUAAAUUUCUUCUAAAAAAUUAUUGUCCUUUAAGAAAAACAGUGCUUCGAUGAUAUUGGAUAAAAAUUGAUAUUGAUUAGAAACAUGUAAUAUAAAAAAAAAAUCAAAUCAAUGUUACUAAAUAAUUGAAAUAACUCCAUUGUAAAACGUACAUAACCUUGGAAAUUUUUCAAAUGGUGUUUUUUUACAGAUUAAUAUAUAUUAAUUACAAAAUGUCACAAUUAGAAUUAGAUCCUCAAUUUACACAAGGCUUAAGACUUUUACAUUCUACAAACAAAGAUUCUGCUGAACAGUUAAGGGCGCUUUUAGAUGAAAUAAUUAAACAGAAGUAUGGUCCAUCUAAAAUGCUUUCUAAUGUGUUGCACAAAAAGUAUAUGAUGGAAGAACCAGUAUUAAGCGAUCACAGUAGUAGUAGCAGUAGUAAAAAGAGUAAAAGUUCUUCUAAACAUUCGAGUAAAUCGAGUAAAAACAGUUCUCCAGUUAAUUUACCGGCACGGGAUACUCCUCCAGAGAUCAUUCAAUCAGAUGACACAUUAGCAUUAGAAAUUUUAGAAGAUGAUUUAACUUGUGUAAUUUGUAAAGGAAUGGACGUUGGAGCAAGAAACAGACUGGUCGAAUGCGUAGAAUGUCAUUCUUUGUAUCAUCAAGAAUGUCAUGUUCCACAUAUAUUGGAUUCACAAAUAGACGUUCCAAGAUUGGUGUGGUAUUGCUCGAACUGUACAAAGUCUCAGACACCAAAAGAAAGAAAUUCACCAAAGACUGUAAUAGAGAGUAAAUCUAAAGAGCAAAAAAAAUCUAAUUCAAGCUCGAAGUACUCAGAAAAAUACAAAUCAUCAUCAAAUAAUGUAAAUCAAUCACAACCUAUUAAUAGAAAUAGUUUUCCAUCUGGCAUAGGUGGUGGAACGAAGAUAACACCGAACAUUCAUAUCAUUAGUGCAGAUAAGAGGUUGAAGGAUAUGAUGAAAAAGGCAAAACAAGAGAAGCGUAGUGCAAACAGCAAUGCAAAUGCCAAAAAUUCCUCUUCUGCUUCACCGGCGAGUUCUUCAGGGAAAUCUUCUCAGGAAAAAUCUGUAAUGUACAAAAUUAAGUCAGGAGUGGAGUGAGAUGUUUAAUUUCAUUACAGAUAACAUCCUACCUUAAAUAUGAAAUCGAUUGACACACAUGGUAGCAAGUUGUUUGUCUAGUUUAGUGUAUAAAAAGUAAUAACAUUUUUUUUUAUUAAGUAAAACAUAAAAGAAUAUUGAAUCUUCUUGAUAUAAAUAUAUAUAUGGCCAAUAAGUUUUUAAUAUUAUAAAUAAAAUUCAUUUGAAUUUAUAUAUAAAAUAAAUAGUACCUAACAAAUCUUUAUAAACAUUAUAAUUAAUGAUGUAAAUAUGGUUUUAUCCUUCGCACAACAUAAGUCUAUGACAAUAAGUUUUUAA